GGGAGGAAGAGGAGGGGUGAGAGGAACUCAUCUGCUCCUCAUUUCCUCUUCUUCUCUCUCUCAUCACCUUAUUACCCAACCAUUCUGCGCCUAUUCCUAUCUGUUGACUGCUCUGUUCUUUCAGCACAUCAUUUUUUUUUCUUCAUUGACAUUGCAUUGCAUUGCAUUGCAUUGUGUCCACCUUUGUCUCAUUCUCUUUUUGUCGCACCUGCAACAUCUAUUCUGUACUGUUAUUGCACCUUUGCUUUUACCUCCAAUGACCCUAUUAUCUCGAUCCCAGCGCAUUGUCGUGCUUUUAGGGCUCAAUAUUGUUGUGUUCUUGACCGAAAUUAUUGUCGGCUACAAGACGGGCUCAUUGGCCCUGAUCGCUGACGCUUUCCAUAUGUUGUCUGAUGUCCUUUCUCAAAUCAUUGCUCUUUACGCCAUCCGACUGGCUGCAAAGACUAAAUGGCAGUCAACCCUAUCCUACGGAUGGCAAAGAGCAGAACUACUUGGUGCACUGUACAAUGGUGUCUUCUUGCUGGCUCUUUGUUUUUCAAUCUUUUUAGAUGCCAUAGAGCGAUUUUUCAAACCCGAAGACAUCGAAAACCCUCAACUUGUAUUAAUUGUUGGCGGAAUUGGCCUCGCCUGCAAUCUCCUUGGAUUGUUUCUCUUCCAUGAGCAUUCUGGUCAUGGUCAUGGUCAUGGUCAUAGUCAUGGUCAUAGUCAUAGCAAGGCUGUCCAUGACGAGAAAAAGGCCAAAAUGGACUCUGGCGAGGAAAAACCCAAUUCUGGAGAGACAUUAAACAACCAAAAAGUCGCGUGUCCCGAAAAUACAUCCGAAAAGCGACCGCAUAAUUUCCAUUAUGAAUCCUCCCUGGAGAGGAUUUCUCCUCUGAAAGAAGCCAAUCUCCAGAAUCUGCAGCGAGCUGCUCUUGAUGUUCAGAAGCAGCUUGAUGAUGAAGAACGUCAUGACAAGGGGAAGGAAAUCCAGGAGGAUCCUUCUAGUAUUGUCGUGAUCAGUAUGGAUGAAGAAGACCGCCAAGACAACCAUAAACAUGAUGGCGCGGCUCAUCAGAGUGAGAGCAAGAAGAGCAAGUCACCAGGUCAAGACCUUAACAUGCAGGGCAUAUUCCUACACGUCUUGGGUGACGCGUUAGGUUCUGUUGGUGUCAUAUUUAGUGCCAUGUUCGUGUGGAAGACCAACCUUUCAUGGAGGUUCUAUAUGGAUCCAAUUAUCAGUUUGUUGAUUGUUGCCAUUAUUGUACAUACUGCUCUUCCCUUGGUUCGAUCUGCAUCCUUUAUCCUCAUGCAAGGGGUUCCAGUCGGUGUUGAAAUCGAGGAAAUCCGAAAAGAAAUCAAGGCGAUCCCAGAUGUGAUAUCAAUCCAUGACCUACAUAUCUGGCAGCUUACCAACAUCAAGAUGGUGGCAUCCCUGCAUGUGUUGGUCACCAACCAGGAGGCUUUUGAACGAGUUUCUAGAGCCGUCAAGACGAUUAUGCACCGCGCUGGAGUCCAUUCAACUACUAUUCAACCCGAGUUUCCAGGCAUGCACCCACAUCUCUCUCAGAUGGUUGCCAAUGCAAAGAGGAAGAGUGGGCUCAAGCUUAGAAGGAUUGCGUCAGGAGAUGACGCCGAUGGUCUGUUACAGACUAAUUAUAGUACUCGUACGGAUUCAAUUGGUGCGCAGAGCGAUGAUUUCCUUCCUGGAAGACUGAAAGGCUCUGUCCCUGCUCAAGAUGUAAACUCGGCCAAUGCUAGUCCUCCAUCUUCUACUGUGGAUGUUUCCAACAAUACCGGUGACUUCAUUCUGACUCAAGAAGAGCAAGACAUUAUGGAUAAAUCCAACUGUGCGUUACUCUGUGUCAAUGGUGAGCAAACAUGCAAUGUUGGAAACUGCUGCACACUCCCUGUCAAGAGAUAGACUAUUACUACUAUUAUUUCUACUACAUAUUGUAACUAUUAUUACUUCUCUGUACACCUUUGUCGGCUUUUCACCCAUGAAUGGCAGGAAAAGAGCUUUCUGUAGCCAUUUAUCAUAAUUCGUUACAAAUAAAAUAUGCCGACAAUGGUGGAGAGCGUAUAUGGAUGUAUAUAUAAACUAUACUGACCUAAUUGCCACUCAAAG